GCAUUACUAUAUCCUUGAGUACCAUUGCAAAGCUGAGAGACACUGGUUCAAGUUACAUAUUCCACUUGUACGUUGACUUGAAGGUGCGCGGUCACACACACACACACACACACAUACUCACAUUUAUGUAGUAACAUAAAAGAAGACUUGCAAAAUCAGUGAUUACUUUGGUCAGCAUGUGGCCCAACAGGAUGCAUUGGAGGUAGAAACAAUCUGGAAAAUCCAAAGCAUUUCACACAAACCGAAAAUCUUGGAAAUUUUCAUCAUCCUCAUCAUCAUCAUCAAAUAUCACACAGUAGAAGAUAAAACAAAUAUAUGUAUGUAUGUAAUUGUUAGAGGUUUGUGGAGAACCCCAGCCAAGAAUAUCCUAACUGCAAAUUGAUUGCAUCAGCACAGAAGACUCAGCCAAUGUUUCAAUCUAUCUGAUUGUGUGAAAAGGGAACCGUGUCCUACUAAAAGUAUCAACUUAAUCAACAGAUAUUCAGCAUCAACACUAAUAAUAAAAACAUAUAAGAUUACAAAGAUGAAUUCCUGCAAGACCUUAAACAGGAUAUUGAAGAGAAGACAAUGGUAAAAGAAGAAAGAGUGGCCAAGAUUUGAUGUCUGGAAAUAUAAAAAAAAAAACAUUAAAAGUAUAAAAAAUCAAAUCAUCAGGAAAAAACCCAUAACUACCUCACCAAGGAAACAAAGAAAAAGAAAACAAAAAGGAGGAAGGAAUUAAGAAGCAGAAGAUGGAGUGGGGUGGAGAGCCAUGAAACAAUAGUACCAAGAACCAUAGUAAAUAUUUACAGUGAGAAAUAUGACUACCGCCACCACUGCCACCACUACCACCACCACCACCACCACCACCUCCUUCAACACCCAGACCAUUGAAUCUCCCAGUGAUCUAACACAGUUCUUCAAUCCAGAACAGAAUCAAAAGAAUGAAUCUGAGAAACAAACAUUAAAUUCAAGUACCCUGGUAUCUGUGACAAGGAAAGUAAACAACUCAGAAAUGUCCUGCCCUGGCCCCAGCCAUAAACUCUUGGCAUUGUACAUGGACGAGAGAUUUAAAGAAAUACGUAACAACAAACCAACUUAUUAUCUUGAACAUUUAAAGAGGACCCCGUUGUAUGGACUGGACAGUAGAGUCUAUGAGAAAAUGAAAUUUAUACACAAGCCAGUUAAUAAAUACAGACUUCACGCAGAUGAUUUGGCACCAGUAAAUGAAAUUGGUAGAAUUGAAGAAUGUAGUGAUACAGAAUCUAUAAGAACUGAAGACUUUGAAAGUCGGUUUCUCGAGCUGCUUGUAUCUCCCAAUUUUGAAGACAAAGAUUUUGAUUCAACAAAGAAAACAGAAAAAGUUACCAAUAAAAUUGAUGUUGGGAAUGAAGAACUUGCACAAAAUUUCUCAGCUGAGUCCUCUUUGAAAUUGGAAAAUGAGAAUGAAGAACUGUGUUAUAUGAAGUUUAAGAAAGAUCUUGAGGAAAGGCAUCUGCAGAAGAAUAUGGAAGUAUGUUUUUACCAGAGUUUGGACCUUGCAAGAGCAACUGAGAUAAAACAAGAAAAUUCUUUGAACCAUUUAGCUGUCAUUGGUACAGAACUUCCUUCUCCAAACUUAAAAGCUGAACAAAUUUCUGCCAUCACAGAUUCAAAAGAAAAUAUUUCUUCACUUGUUGAUGUGAAAUCAUCUCCACUCCAAAGCCUAAACAGUAGCAUUGCCAGCUUUCAACCUUUACCUGAUUGUACAUCAAAGCAACUACUAGAAAUAGUAGGUGUCAGCUCUCUUCUAAGAGAUAUUGAUGCAACAAACUUUAUAGACGCAGAUAAAGAUAUCCAGCAGAAGAAACUUGAACAAAUAACAGAUGAAAACAUAAAGCUGAGAGCAGAAGCAGCACUACUUUUAGACAAAAUGAGAGAGAAAGAACAUGCUAGCAGAUUCCACACCAUUCCAGAAGAAACAGAGGAAGAACUAUCACAGCUGAGGUUAAAAUGCAAACAUAUGGCCUUUACUUUAGAAAAAAGGGAUGAAAAAGUUAAGGAACUUUCAGAUAUCAUUGACCAACAGAAAGAGACAAUAUCUUGCAACAAACAGAAGGUUUUAGCAAUGGAAUCACAAUUUAAGACUUUUAGCCAACAGCUUGAGGAACUGAAAUCCAAAUUGAAACAAGAAGAGAGGAAAGCUACUGAUCUCAGAGAAGAAAAUGAAAAGUUGAGGAAACAACUUUCCCUUGAGGAAGAAGGCAGAGAAAACACGUCGAGACUCCAAGGAAAUGGAAUGGAAACAUUGCAAAAUCAAUUGUUCUUGCAGAAGGAAGAAAUGGAGCAGCUGAUGGAAUGUCACUUGAAGAGUUUAGAGGAACUUAACUCUGCUCAUAGAAUGGAAUCAGAGUGUCUUAUACAGAAGUAUGAACGAAGAAUUGCAGACAUAAUAUGUUCGCAGAAUUCUCAGAAUGCUGCAAAAGAAUAUCAAAUUUCCAUGUUGGAAUCUCAGUUGAACAAUCUGAAAUAUGAAAAUCAGCUCUUGCAGCAGAAAUGGAAACUUAAAGCUACUGGAAAGGAAUUAUUUAAACCUCAAAAGAAUUUGGCUAAUUCUCUGGAAGAUGAGCAUACUAAAUCGGAAGACUUUAUAAGACAGUACGAAAAAUGUGAAGUAGGAAAAGCUGAAGAUUCCAGAUUAAAUCCAGAAACAUCUUACCGGGUGGAUCUUGAAAACUUAAAAAAAGAUAUAAAAGAAAACCUUUCUAAAGACCUACACAAACGAUUAGUAACUCUGCUAGAAUGUAUUCACCAGCAAGAAUUGGAACUUCAAGAUCUGAAGAAUAUUUGGAAGCAAAUGAACCAAAACAAUAAACAUCUGAAUGAGUGGUUAGAUAAUAGUGGUAGUGCCAACAGUAGUAGAGAGUGUGGUAGCUGUGGUGGUGGUUGUGGUUGUGGUUGUGUCUGCUGGCAGUCAGUGAUUGUCAACCUUUUGAAGGAAGAAUCACAACUGAAUUUUUCCAUUUUGAAUAAUGGCAAAUGUUAUGAGAUUGACAGAUCCACAAAAAAGUGUAAUGGCACCAAAGAUGCUGUUUGGUACAAAGAUUCCAUGACAGGCAAAGCCACAAUGCUGGAUGUCUUAUCAGAACCAAUGAAAAUUGCUUUUGGUCAGUUAUCUGCCAGUACACAACAGCUGCGUCAACUUUUGAAGUUGUUUAUUGAGCGCUAUAUCACACUUCAAACAGAGUUCCCAAAAAUAUUUGAAAUGGUAGGAAACAAUAAAAAUGUGGAUCCUUUUAAUGACAGUAGUAGAGACCAUAGAUGUGAUUCUGUUCAUACUUCACUGGUUAGCCGAACUCUACUUGAUCAGCCAGCAACAAGCACCACAAAUUGGCUUGAUGAAACAUAUCGUAUGUUUUUAAUUGAGACAGAUCUGAACCAUCAAGCAAAGGCACUUCUUGAACUGCUACAGUCUUACAGCAACUUGCAGGAAACGAGAAUACCAACGCCAUCAACAACACCACCACCAACAACACCACCACCACCACCACCACCACCACUACCAUGCUGCUGUUACUCAACUCUCUGAAAUAUCUCUGUCUAUCAUACAGACAUACUGAUGGAAUAGUUGUUGAUGGAAUGGCAAACAUCAAAAGCUAUAUUUCCUCUUUGAAGAAUAUUAUAAUCUCUUAUUACAUUCUUGUUACCAACCUGUGUUUAGAAUUGUUAAAUAGGCACUAACAUAAUGUAGCAAAGCCAAAGAAUUUUAAUUAAUUAAAACUACCCUCAUAGCGAGGAGAGAAAAAAAUUAAUUCUAGUAAACAAAAGACAGGGGAAACAACUCUGAAGAUUUUUUAAAAACAUUUUUUGCUUUCAACAUAAUGUUAGUACUGACAUAACUAUUUGGUAUUUGUAUAUAUUUAGAAUAGACCCACUAGAUAUAUCAGAUCCACAAAAAGAUUUAAUCCUAUCCCUACCAGCAGGAAUGUCUUCUUAAGGUGUGUACUCACUUAUACACACGCACACCUUCGUUUUGGGGUCCCCACCACUUUAUUAUCUCCCCUACUUCCUAGAUCCCCUGUGUGACUCUUCUGUCCGGCAUUCGCCAUGAUAGAUCGCUAGCCACUACACAUUCUUUAUUUUCUCUCUUUGUUUCUUUCUGUGGAAGAGCAUAGACUCAAAACGUUAAAGACUUUUUCACUUCUCGAGCAUUAAACUAAUACAUCUGUUUGUUGUCUACACCA